AUGAGUGUAAUAACUAAGCUUCAGUCUCGGUUGGUUCCCUUUAUAAUCAGACAUCUACUAUUCUUUCAGAUUAUAUGUACACUAAUUGGUGCCUUAUAUAUAUUUCUACUUCCAUCGGUGCAAUUUUUGAAAAAUCUGCGUGUGUCGGAAAAUGCCUUGCUUCCUGGACAAGUCAACACAUACUUUGGAAAUGAAAACACAAAAACGAUGCGGGCCGCUCUUUCACUUGUCCGGGGCUGGUCAAACAAAGACGAAGCUGAAGAGUGGAACCCGAUGUUCCAUGAUUUAGAGACCAUAUUUACGACUAUGGGAAUGGCCGUUCAAAGACAAAACUAUACAACUCACGUUUACGAAGAAUCUCACGAAGGAUCAAACUUUUAUACGGUUUUCCGGUCUCCUAGAGGUGAUGCAACUGAGUCUCUCUUACUGUGCGUUCCCUGGAAGGAUAAUGAGGGCUAUUAUAAUGAAGCAGGGCUUGCUUUAGCUAUCAGUUUAAUGAAAUACUUUCAAGGUUGGUCUCUUUGGUCUAAAGACAUCAUCCUUCUCGUUCCAGAUCAUCCAGUCUCGGGAACCUCUGCAUUUUUGUCUGCAUACCACGAUCAAACUCCUUUCGCUUAUAGCAUUAACGGUCUUCGAUUCAAAGCAGGAACCAUUCAGGCUGCACUAGCAAUGGAACUUCCAAGAAAAGGAGAAAAUAAUGAUGUGGCAGAGAUUUUGUAUCAAGCCGCGAAUGGUCAACUCCCAAACUUGGACCUGAUCAAUACUGUAGCAAAGAUCUUCAUGUCGAGCUUUAUGUACUCUCUCAAAUUGCAUGGUGAGGUAUACAAUCCAUAUACGUCUUCCGAUUACAGCUCCAGGUUAAAGGCGCUUUCUCGAGGUAUGGUAUCACAAGCGGCUUCAAAUUUAACAAACGCUCACUUUCUUUUUCCACAAUACAAGAUUGAUGCUUUGACUGUACGAAUCGAUGCUGGAGAUCCAUUUACUUUUGACAUGACUAGAUGUGGACAGGCUAUUGAAAGUUGCUUUCGAUCCCUCAACAAUCUAUUAGAGCACUUGCAUCAAUCCUAUUUUUUUUAUUUUCUGUUAAAUCAGUUUACCUUUGUUAGCAUUGGUGAUUAUAUGCCAGCUGCAUUACUGAUCGCGGCGAGUUUGAUGAUUGGGGGAUAUCGGCAUUGGAUGUCUCAGCCUAAACACUUGAACAUGUGGAAACCAUUUUGUUUAUGGUUACUUAACAUGGUAACAUCUUUUUUGUUCAUGUACACCAGCUUUCUUACAAAAGACGCACAAAACCCAGUUGCUUUAGUUGUGGCCUAUGCUGCUGCUUCUGUUGGCUUAUGUCUGUUAUUUCAACCUAGCCGCCGAGAGACACGAUUAACGCUUGCUUAUUCACUAAUGUCAAAGUCUCUUCUUUUGACCACCGUAAGCACUUUAAAUUUCUCACUUGCUUAUUUCAUUGGACUAUGGCUUACUUUCGUUCAAUUCCUUUCUUUCUCGUUUCCUCGAUUUCUGUUAUACCCUCUUGUUAGUUGCAUUUUCCUUGCUCCCAUCUUUUUUCCGAUUGUUGUCGAAAAAGUAUUUCAGUAUCCGUUUCACUCUUGGUUUGAUUCAUAUGCACUUUAUAACUCAUGGUUAGUGCCGUUUUCAUAUACGGCAUUGUUAUUAUGUGAUAUCCCGUGGGCUAUUCAAUACAUCUUGACGGAUAUCCGAAAAGCGAGACUUCAUAGAGCUUAA